AUGGAAGUGAGCAAUCCGGAAGAGGUGUUGGCGAUGUUGGAUAGCAUUGACGCGAUGACGGACGUUCUGGAAUAUCUGUACGAAUCGCAAAGGAGGCGGCGUACUUACGUGCGCCCAGAGCAUGUGCCGUUUCUGGAGACGCGUUUCCGAGACUUCGACGAGUACCUCUCAUCACAGACACCAGAAGCAUUCUUGCAGUACACCCGCCUGAUGCCUGCUGAAUUUGAGCAACUGUUCGAGCAUCUGGGUGGGCGCCUGCAUCAUGCCUCGACUCAUGCGGCGCCUAUUGGCGCCCGGCAACGCAUGUGUAUCUAUUUAAGGCGAGUUCGUGUUCUUUAA